AUGCCAAAGACGACCUGGACGAUUCCUUUUGACAUCUGCCUCGACCUCGUCGAUGCUGUGGGCGCCGACCCUCAACUGAGAUAUAGGAGGUCGACCCUGCGAGCGUGCGCCCUGACCUGCUCUGCGUGGUUAGGGAGAGCCCGGGCUCAGUUGUACAACAACGUGUCUUUCCGUGCCGACUGCGUAGCUCUGCGCAAGUUCUCCCACACGAUUGCGGCGUCCCCCGAGCUCGGCGCGCUGGUCAGACACAUUGACAUCACAUUUUGGCUUCUCAACUUCGACGCGGACGACUACGCGGAAGAAACGGGACCGUUUAACCCAGACACCAUGCGUCACCUUCCCAACCUGCGUUCUAUCCAGCUGCAUGAUCCGGGCUGGUCGUCGGAUGCACAACUCAUGGGCAUACUCAUCCGUAGACUUUCAAGGGCGGCCUCGGUCAGGAGCCUUUCGUUGCGCGGCGCCUAUACCCCGAACGACGUCACAGACCUCACCAGAUGCCUCGAGCAGUUUCCACAUAUCUCUUCUCUUGAAAUCUUGGUAGCCUACUGGGAACCGGAUGAAGGACCCCCAGCAGAGGAAACGAGCUCGGUUAUAUGCCAGAGUCUAACGCGGCUGACGCUAUGGGAGCCUCGUCUAUUCUUCCCGUUACUCCAGGUGUUUCCCUCUACCGUGAAGGUCCUUGAGCUGGGGCCUCCGUAUUACGAUGAGCUUGAGGUGGUUCCGGAGCCUGUUGAAGAUAAUUUCAGAGCUCUCUCGCGUUACACGUCUUUGGAGGUCUUGAAGCUGACUACCCAAUUGCCGCUCUACGACACCGAUGCAGACUGGUUUCUCGACGCGCUCAGCCAUGUCCAGGCCCCACAACUUCGCGAGUUGUACCUGGAGUACCGACGCAAGUCGUACGAAACGUCGAUCAGGCAGGCACACUGGCAAGCACUAGACGAGGUCCUUUCGGGAUGGUCGGGUUCGGGUCUUCGUUGUGUGUCGGUAAAGAUAGAUCCUUCCUUCUUCCCCGAUGCGACACGCGGAGAGGACGAUCUGGAACAGGCCGUCCUUGCGUUAUUCAACAAAUGUACCAAACGGCACAUCGAAGUGGUCCCGAACUUCUCAACUCCAUGAUGCUCAUGUUAAUCCGAGUCCUCGGUCAACUGCUGUAGAACCUCGCCGAUGGUAUUUCUAUCGCACAUGCUAUUCGACGCUCCCACCAUUCAAGUACGGAAAUCAGCACAUCUAUAUUAACGACUACACACGCUUGUUAAGACGGCGAGGCUAUGGAAGCACCUCGAUUGGAAUGGCACUACGCACGAACUACACCUUUGUACACUACCACGCAAGUCAUCGAUGGGGUCCGGGGCGCCUCAGAGUGCGCAAACGACGAUGGUAUGAGUUGUGCGUAUUCGGUAUAGGUUGCUUCCAUUUAGACGCGUAUGCCUGGGUGAAAGAAUAGUGGAGUAGAUGCAAAGGGCAUC